AUGAGGUUCUGUAGGCGAAACUACGUCGUUUCCCCACGCAGAUUUUUCUGGUUCGCUGCUUUCAUCGUCUCCUCCUCCGUUCUUUUCAGUGGCUUCUCCUACUCCUCCUUUCGCUUUCUUUUUGGAGGAAAGUUCCAGCCUGUGUUGAGUUUCUCCCGCAGAGCUUCAACUGUGAACGCCGUCGUUUCCGACGAUUUUCCGGUUACUCAGGUACUCUCGAUUCGUGAAAUCGAUUUGCUCCCCGAUCAAGGUAUACUUUUCCUGACAUACCCUCCGUCGGCUCGUUUAUUUUCUAAAGAGGAACUCGACUGCGUUUACCUCUCGGCUAGUAACGGUACCACCUCAUCCUAGCCUUGCCUUAAGCUGUUCCCGGAUCGUGUUGAAGCCGAACAGCUGGGUGAGCAGAUCGUGCG